UAUCAUUGAACAUGGCAAAGCUGAUAUCUGUUUUUUAUUAUCUGUCCCUGCUGUUCGUGAUUAAUUUAGAUGGAGAUCCUGUGCUAGAUGUUUGGAUUGAUGAAGAACAGUUUCAUUCAGAUGAUUUAUCACAUAACCUACAAAGACAGAGACGUGCAGCAGACUCAACUAUAUUUGAAUAUGAUAUAAUCCUUAUGGUAGAUGUAGAGACCUCUCAGAUACGUGAUGUCAAAGCAUUACUUGAUAACAUGUUCUCUGAAAUCACCACCUCUGACAACUCUGCAAAUAUUACUUCAGCCAAUGUUACCACAGUGUGUAAUGAGACAGCAUGCAGUUGUGAGGAUGGAUUUUAUUGGAACAGUCAAACUUGCAGUUCCUACAGUUGUUAUUCAGUAACAAUGGGAGAAACAUGUAACUGUAUAAAGAAUACUUCUGUGGAUGGAAUUUGUGAUGUGAUACCAACUGCAGCACCUCCAGCAAGUACAUUGUUAACACUGAUCACAUCAACUUCACCGACAAGUAAAACAGAAGAAAGUAAAGGAGCAAGUACAACAACAACAUCUACCAUGACACAACAUAUAAGCAGAACUAUGGCAACUACCACAGCAACAACACAAACUACAGUGACAACCUCAUCAACUACAACAAAACCAACAACAUUGACAACAGCAACAACAUCUACCACGACACCACAGAUAAGCAGAACUAUGGCAACUACCACAGCAACAACACAGACUACAGUGACAACCUCAUCGACAACAAAACCAACAACACUGACAACAACAACAUCACAAACUACAGUGACAACCUCAUCAACAACAAAACCAACAACACUGACGACAACAACAAAACAGACAAUAACAUCAACAAUGACCACAACAGCAAAAGCUACAACAAGAUCAUCAACACCAGAAAAAGCUAUUCAAACAAAUAUGUAUUUCGUCAUUAAUGAUGACUUUUCCGAUGAUCUUAACGACAAAAGUUCUGACAAAUACAAGAGCUACGCUUCAAUAAUUAACCAAAAAUUGAAUGAAGCUUAUAGAAAUCAUUUACCUGGCUUCCAGACUGCCUAUGUUACAGGCUUCAGCAAAGGAAGUAUCAGAACUGACUUCAUUUUCAUCAGUGAUGAGCCAACAGUAGAUCAGAUCAUGGCUGCUAACACUGAACUCAAAGAAAGUUUGAAAUCAUAUUUCAGGAUACUUUCUGUUUCUGACAAAGGAACGUUUGAAGGAAAUAUAACAAUCAAGUCGUCAGCUGAUCAUUUCAUUUAUGAGAACAAUCCAUUUAAUUUAAUGUGCAUAUCUUCUGUAAAUAUCUCAAACAGCAAAGUGAGAUGGAUUAUCCAUGAUAAAAUACUGACCAGUGACACAAAUACAGUUCUACAAAAAACUGCAACCACUCUUUACAAUGGUAUUUUCAUAUGUCAGUUUUAUAAUGACGUGCUUGUGUCAGCAAAUGGAACAUUCAGCAUUACAGUAAUUCAUCAACCAGUCAUAACUGCUGAAAAUCAGACUUUUCUGUGUAACACUAAUACAGCAUCAGUGAAAUUAUCUUGCUGUGCUAAAAGCGACAAUAAUUCCCCUGUUCCACCAUUCUACAACGUUACUUUUAAAUUCGACAAUGAAGAGCUUAUGGGAACUCAAAGAGAAAAUUCAAUUUCAUGCUUUGAGGUCAAGAAAGAAUUUGGCUGCGGAAAACAGACAACUGUUACUUGUACGUUUUCAAGCGAAUAUGGAAAUAUAACCCCAUACAAGUUUGAAAUUAAAUUUAUUAAAGGUAACAGCAGCUCAUGA